CAAAUGCUCGCGCCUGGCCGCCCUCUGUUUUGGGAGGUUUGGUCGCCGGGCGGAGCUGUGCGUGCGGGAGAGUCUCUUCUGUCAGGAGUUUUCCUCAAGUAUUUCAGUCAGUGGAGUGGAGGCGUUUGAAAGUCGGAAGCUUUACAAUUCUAAUCUGUAUUUAACACUGUGUGUGAAUUCUAUCUCAGUUCUAUUAAGUUGCCCCAAAAGCAAAGGCAAGCUUGGGGGUCUUCGGGGAGUCCAACUCCCAAGGGGGCGGAGUCUGAGCGGCGCGGCCCGGCUGCCUCCCCUCCCUCCAUUCGGAGACACCGCCGUUGGAGAGGAGCCCAGGCAGAAUGGAUCACUGUACUUUCCCAAGAUACUCUGAAAAUGAAAUUAUUGCACAUGUCCGCAACUUCUUGCUGACAGGAACUGAGGCGAAAACCUUUUCCAAAACUGAUUUAUUUCCAAAUGUUAAGACUGAACUGCUGCAGUUGAUCUUCAUGAGAGUCUUACAAAGUGUAUAUGGAAUCCGUCCAGAAAAUUUCUGCAUGAUGCCAGUGACAUUUGAAACUGCAUAUCCUCAGCUCUUUGAAGGCUUCCUAAUUGUUGGGAAUCUGUUUGUUAAUCUGGAACGAUUUUUACCAUUCUGCCGUGUCCAUGACUUCCAGAUGUCUGAUAUCUUACAUCCAAAAACAAAGAGGACAGUUCGUUUUUUGAGUGGCAUAAUUAAUUUUCUUUCCUUCCGUGAAUCACGUCUUGACGUUUACUUGAGUAUCCAAAACACACACAAAGCAGCUAUGGAGAAAGAGCGGCGACUUCAGAUGGCAGUGGAAGAUGGAAUAAUAAAGCUGAAGGAACUUGAUACUGUUCCUCCAGAUCAAGAAGAAGAAUUCAAGGAACUCUCUCGAGAUAUUCAGGAGCUGCAGCAAAAACUCAACCAAGAUUAUCGAGAAAAAGCGAGUAAUCUUCAAGAAGAGAUCCACCAGAAGAGAACGGAAGUUGCAGAAAAAACCAAAAAUCUAAAUGAGCUAAAAUUGGUCAUAUGUAAACUAAAAGAAGAACAAGAACAACUGACGUCAAAGAUUGCAGAAUCUCCAGAAGAGCUGAUUAAUCGCAGAGAGCGUUUGAAACAGAAAAUUCAGAAAAUCAAGAGAGAGAAGGAAGCUGUAACUGAGAAGUAUGAAGCUUACAGAGACCUUGUAGAGAUGUUUCCAUCAUACCAACAGGAGGUCCAAUUGUACCAAAAGAAAAUGCAAAUGCAAGCAACAAAUGCAAAUAAAUUCUCAACUACAUUGGCGGAGAUUCGAAUGCUAGAGGAUCAAAUAGAGACGAGCAAGAGUGCAUUAAAGAAUGCCAAGACCAAUGAAAUGUCUUUGAAAAGGAUGGUUACUAAUAAAAGGGAAAAAGUCAAUGCUUUGAACAUCAAACUUAACAGAAUACGUGAUGAUACCGAGCAACGCAAGCAAGCAAUAACAGAGAAUUGCAGCAAAUUCCAGGAAAAGAGAAGUGCUGUCUGGAAAGAGCUAACAAGAAAUCAGGCAGAAAUUGCGUGUGUCAAAGCUGCUACUCAGGAGCUAAUUGACAAUGUUGGAAAAGAGAAGUUAAAAGCUCAGGAGAUUUAUCUUAGGUUGCGGUCUGGCUUGGAGAAAUACCACAAAAAUCUGGCAACAGUUAUGGACACCUACACAGCUGUAGCAGAAGACAAAACUUCCAAAUUAUCUAAGCUGUUCUAAUGAAACUUAAUAUAUAAUUUGUUCAUAUAAUUUUUAUAAGAUUUACCUUUAGAGUAUCCUUUAGAGUAAUGAAUAGACCCAUGGCAUGAGUUGUGGAUUUUAUAAUUUGAAUGGAGGAGGAAUACUUGGGGGAGGAGGUUAUGGUCUUAACUGAAAUGUGGGAUUUUGUUGAUUGUUUUUUGUCAUGGUUUAUCUAUUUUGUUCUUCUGAUUGAAGGAUUGUAAUGUUUGUAUUCUGUUUGUAAGCAGCUUGGGUCCACGUUGUGGAGAAAGGCGGGAUAGAAAUAUCCUAAAUAAAUAAAAUAAAUAAGUAUCUUUUAGUCAAAGAAAAUAAUGAAGUUUUGUGACUCAGGAAAAGAAAAUCCAAGUCCUGUUCAAUACUGCAUAAGUUUAUAUUAACUUUGGUUGUAAUGUGGGUUGUAUGUGUUAAAUAUGUUAAUCAAAUGUUUUGAUAUGGCCGAUAGGCUAAUCAGUAAAAGGUUUUUGCAUUUUGAAUUUCAGAUAGUAUUAAUAAAUGUAAAAUAAAAAUCUUUUCUCAUUCUA